CUGAGGAGCUGGGUGGAUAUCUAGGUACAUGCCCUCUGUUCUCACCCGUGAGGCUAUGACUACGGCCUCGAUAUCUUGGGUCGCUCUUACAACACGGUAGAUACCUACCUCUCUCUCUUCCUGCCAUCCUCGAACAGCUAUCCUGAAAAAGGCCGCACUCCCAAACCUCUCCAUAACCCCUGUAUCCUAUACGAAGGAAUUUUGAUCCGUCCAAUUUUCUUGAUUUUCUCCGUUUUUGGGAUUUUUUUGGGGGUCGUGGACACGAUUUGGCACACAUACAAGCCAUUGGAUAUUCGGUGGGUCGAGAGGCUUAUAGAUACCGAUACUGCGUAUAGAUUCUCCUACAAACCUUCUAGUUCCUGGCCGUUCAACCCGCAACGCUGGGGGGAGCUGCUCUCCGUGGGGAUUUCUCCUUCAUACAUGCUACUCGGUUUGGAGAGAUGAAAGGGGGUUCUGCCUACUCCCAUGGCUACACAGCCUACCCACAUGGGGAGGGCGGGACAUUCUCGAUCUCACCUCACAGAUUUCAACCACGCUCACAUUCUGCUUUGCGCCGGAGACAACGACUGAUAUACAGGCUAUGCGCCCUUGGUGGCAUUUCUUUUCUUGUUUUGCUUUUGAUUUUCCCCUCCUGGCGAGCUGCGAUAUUAGGAACAAUAACGUUUGGUCUCUUUUCUCCUGUAGACGAUUUUCAACUGGAAACCGUUAGAUACUAUGAUCUCUCAAACUUUCAAGGAACUGCACGGGGCUGGGAACGGCAGGAACGCGUCCUUCUCUGCACACCCCUUAGAGAUGCCGCGCCACAUUUACCCAUGUUCUUCUCCCAUCUACGGAAUCUCACCUACCCACAUCACCUCAUAGAUCUCGCCUUCCUCGUUUCCGAUUCGAAAGACGACACGCUUGAGAUGCUCACAAAAAUGCUUGAGGAGUUGCAGGCUGACCCGGACUCAAAACAACAUUAUGGGGAGAUAUCGGUGAUCGAGAAAGAUUUUGGUCAAAAGGUCAACCAGGAUGUUGAAAGCAGACAUGGCUUUGCAGCACAAGCGUCUCGAAGAAAGCUUAUGGCCCAGGCGAGAAAUUGGUUAUUGAGUGCUACUCUACGCCCAACACACAGUUGGGUAUACUGGAGAGAUGCUGAUGUGGAAACCGCCCCUUUCACUAUCUUGGAGGAUCUAAUGAGACACAACAAGGAUGUUAUUGUACCGAACGUUUGGAGGCCACUUCCCGAUUGGCUUGGUGGUGAACAACCCUACGACUUGAACUCAUGGAAGGAAUCAGAAACCGCUCUUGCCCUGGCGGAGACCCUAGAUGAGGACGCUGUCAUUGUGGAAGGCUAUGCGGAGUAUGCCACUUGGCGUCCGCACCUGGCAUAUCUCAGAGAUCCCUAUGGGGAUCCGGAUACGGAAAUGGAAAUCGAUGGCGUGGGCGGCGUGAGCAUCCUAGCCAAGGCUAGGGUAUUCCGCUCCGGCGUCCAUUUCCCGGCAUUUAGCUUUGAGAAGCAUGCAGAGACAGAGGCUUUCGGAAAGAUGGCUAAGCGUAUGAAAUUUUCCGUCGUCGGCCUACCCCACUAUACCAUUUGGCAUCUCUACGAACCCAGCCUGGACGACAUUAGACACAUGGAGGAGAUGGAGCGGGAGCGCAAGGAGCGCGAAGAGGAAGAGAAGAAGAAGGCUGAGCUAGCACAGCUUAUGAAAGAGGAAUUCAAGGAUACAAAGGAUGAAUGGGAGAAAGAUGGGAAGGCUAUCCAAAAUAUCUUGAAGCAGGAUGAACUGGCAAAGAAGGGCGAGAAGAAAACAACCAAAAAUGAGGACGUCAAGAAAAGGAGUAAUUCUGGGGUUGAGGAUGUGGACAAGCGACAACAACAAUAGCAGCAAAACUAGCGACGAUAACAACAGCAAGUUACACCCAUGGAAGAGGAACGGACAUGUGUGUUUGGAACAAGUGCGUGUACGCGCACAUGGAUAUAUCUUAUUUUUCUCAUGCUAGACCUGUGAGUUUUCGCAUGCUAUCAUACUGUUAGUUUCUUCCUCCCUAGCUACGUUGAGUUUGGCCCUUUA